CGUGGCAGCCAUUUUACAUCAUCACAGUGAAUGAGUGGAGCCGGACCAGUGCCGGGACUUUUUACACUUUUUCUGUCUUUUAAAUAUCACAUUUAUCUUCCUAAGUAAUCCGCACCAUACGCGUUGGUGUGCCAGCGGCAGAUUUCUGGAGACAUGGCCACAGAACAUAUUAAUGGAAAUGGUCCAGAAGACCCAAUGGACACCUCUGCUGCAGUUACCCAUUCUGAGCACUUCCAGACUUUAUUAGAGGCUGGUUUACCACAGAAAGUUGCUGAAAAACUAGAUGAAAUUUACAUAGCAGGCUUGGUGUCACACAGUGACUUAGAUGACCGGGCGAUCGAGGCUCUGAAGGAAUUCAACGAGGAAGGUGCUCUCCAAGUCCUGCUGCAAUUCAAGGACAGCGACCUCUCACAUGUUCAGAACAAAAGUGCCUUUCUUUGUGGCGUGAUGAAGACGUACAGACAAAGAGAGAAACAAGGGACCAAAGUGUCUGACACCAAUAAAGGACCAGAUGAAGCCAAAAUCAAAGCUUUACUGGAGAGGACUGGAUACACGCUCGACGUGACGACGGGGCAGAGGAAGUAUGGCGGCCCCCCUCCGGAGUCGGCCCACUCCGGGGCGCAGCCCACCAUCGGUACAGAGAUAUUUGUAGGCAAAAUCCCCCGAGACCUGUUCGAGGACGAGCUGGUUCCGCUGUUUGAGAAGGCCGGACCCAUCUGGGACCUGCGCCUCAUGAUGGACCCGCUGAGCGGCCUGAACCGGGGCUACGCCUUCGUCACCUUCUGCACUAAAGAAGCCGCCCAGCAGGCCGUCAAGCUGUGCAACAACAACGAGAUCCGCCCGGGGAAACACAUCGGCGUCUGCAUCUCCGUGGCCAAUAACAGGCUGUUUGUUGGCUCCAUCCCCAAAAGCAAAACAAAAGAGCAGAUUGUCGAGGAGUUCGCUAAAGUCACAGAGGGUCUAAACGAUGUCAUAUUGUACCACCAGCCUGACGACAAGAAGAAGAACCGCGGCUUCUGCUUCCUGGAGUACGAAGACCACAAGACGGCGGCUCAGGCCCGCCGCCGGCUGAUGAGCGGCAAGGUGAAGGUGUGGGGGAACGUGGUGACGGUGGAGUGGGCCGACCCCAUCGAGGACCCCGACCCCGAGGUCAUGGCCAAGGUCAAGGUGCUGUUCGUCAGGAACCUGGCCAGCACCGUGACGGAGGAGAUCCUGGAGAAGGCCUUCAGCCAGUUCGGGAAGCUGGAGCGGGUCAAGAAGCUGAAGGACUACGCCUUCAUCCACUUUGAGGAGCGCGACGGAGCCGUGAAGGCGCUGGCCGACCUCAACGGGAAAGACCUGGAAGGAGAACACAUCGAGAUCGUGUUCGCCAAGCCGCCGGACCAGAAGAGGAAAGAGAGGAAGGCCCAGAGGCAGGCGGCCAAGACGCAGAUGUAUGACGAGUACUAUUACUACGGCCCCCCCCACAUGCCGCCGCCCACGAGGGGCCGGGGGCGGGGCGGGCGGGGCGGCUACUCCUACGCCCCGGACUACUACGGCUAUGAAGACUAUUACGAUUACUAUGGGUAUGACUACCACAGCUACCGGGGCGGCUACGACGACCCCUACUACGGCUACGACGACUUCCAGGGGUCCGGGCGGGGGCGGGGCGCCCGGGGGGGCGUCCGCGGGGGCGGAGCCAGUCAGACCAGAGGCCGCGGCGCCGUGACGGCGAGGGGCCGGGUGGGCUUCUCCCAGCGAGGGAGCCUCGGAACAAUCAGACCAGGUAAACGGGGCCGGGGGCGGUCCUGACCUGUCGCCGUGGAUACUGACUUGAUGUGUGGGGUUACACCAUAAGCUGCAGCCGGACGUGGAGACAACGAAGAGCACGAGGAAAAGGUCCAAUGAUAUUCCAGCCUUACAGAAGAAGCAUCUCCCCAUGUUUGUUUGUUUGUUUGUUUGUUUGUUUGUUUUUUUUAGUCAUGUUUUUGUCUGAAACUGCCACCUUAAAGAGAAACGAGCGCAGGAUUGUGAAUACUCGCCACAGCCUCUUUGCCCCGAGCCCCUGAACCAGCCCCGCUACACGGGGCUCUAUUAUGAAUUGCCCUUACAAUCUCCCCCUUCCCUGUCCCUGAACAUGCCAUUUUUGAAUAAUUAUUGAAGAAAUUGCACUUUUUAAGUUGUUAGGUUUGAAGUGGCUCAAAGGAGCUUGAUGUAUAUUUUUGUGCUAAUGGCGAUUUUUAUUGUGGGAAUCUCCAUGUUAAUAAUUGUUUGAUCUGGAUGUUUGACGGAGAACAUUUGCAGGGUUUUAAGGUGUACCCACCUGGCAUGGAUAAGUCAGGCAUUCCAGGAAAGUGGUUCUUUUUAAGAACUUGUCUUUAAGGGUUGGUUGACUACCUCAGUACAGAGGACUAAACUACCCGGCCUGUACUGUAAAUAGGGAAACUAUAUUGAUGAAAGCAGGGCUCGUUUCCAAACAAAAUAUGCACAAGAGCUGCGGCGCAAAGCGAUGUACUUAAUGGAAUAUAGUCAUUUUAGCCGCAGCUCUGCAGACUGCGAACAGUCAAACUGGGCAUGCAAAACAAUCUCAUGUGAUGAGUCCGAACGAGCCCUGCUUUGAUCCUAUUUUGAACUGAAGCGGCCGCCUCGCCCCUUCAGAGUAUGUAGUUACUGGAUGUAUAGGUUUUUUGGAAAAUGUUACUUUUGUAAAGGCUUCAACGUCACAGGCAUCCAACUGCCUUUGAUUUAAAAAAAAUAAACAAAAAUAAAGCCCUGCAGUGUCCCUUUUGUGCCACUGUGCUGAUCCAGCGGGUUGGUUUUAUAUGGAUACAACACGUUUUCCAGCAGUGUCACGAUAAUGUCAGAAGACCAUGCGCUCUUCAUCCUGUUCAGAUCAUGUUUGGCGGCGCGGCGGCUCAGUGGACGGCCUGUGAGGUUGAUGGGGCUGGACGGUGACUGAAUGCCAUAUUGCCCCGCCGGGGAGCAUGCGUGCCUAACACAGUGCUGCUUCGACUCGGCCGGGGUCAGACUCCCAGAGUGGUAGAAGGGAUACUGCAGUGAACGGUCUCCAGGUAUAGCGUCGAGGAAACUGCUCUCCAAUCCCAGUUUUCUACACAGUUAACUCCCUCAGUAAAAUCAUAACAACCACCUUUUGAAAAAAAGAUGUUAGCAGUUUUAAACUAUUGUUGGUGGCCAACAACGUUUUUUGCAUUCCUGCAAAUAAAUUGUUUUAUACUGUAAAAUGGAGGUGAGUGUAACUUAUUUUUGUAAUAAAGUUUUUGAUUUCUAU